GCUCAAGACUACAUUUCCCAGAAAGCUUGGCGCGCCAGUCCUUGGCUGCCGCCCACUACGGAAGGGUUGUCGCGGAGACGCCGCCCCGCGCCCUGCCCGCGGAGGAGCCGGCUCCGGACCCCGGCAUGGCCCCCGCGCUCCCGACAGCCGGGCUUGGCCAGGAGCCAGUGACCUUCCAAGAUGUGGCGGUGGUCUUCACGCAGGAGCAGUGGGCUUACCUGGACCCUUGUCAGAAGGCACUGUACCGGGACGUGAUGCUGGAGACCUACCAGAACCUGCUCUGCCUGGGACUGGCCCUGUCCAAACCCCAGGUGAUCCACCAGCUGGAGCGAGGGGAGGCACCUUGGACUCCAGAGAGGAGCUGUCCAGAUUGGGAGACUGGGCCUGAAGCCAAAGAGUCAUUUCCCAAACUGGGCAUAUCUGUGGAGAAUUCAUCUCAAAACAGCUUCACUAGGGAUGAUUUCUCUGUUUCCAACUUGAAAGAAGCCUGGGCAUGUGAGGUAAGAAUAGGAUGGCAGCAGAGCAUUGAGGAGGAAAGUUCUCAGCAAGUAAAAAUCACCCAAAGGAAAACUGCCAGUGAUGUGAGAGGCCGUGAAGGUAAUAAGUAUGGCCAAAGCAUCAGUCUGGAACCAAAGCUUUUUGUGCAUCAGCGAGUAUAUAUAGGAAAGGAGCUUCCCAGAUGUGAUUCUGGCAGAAAGAACUUCAUUCUGUCUUCAGAACCACAGAAGUGCCAUAGAAUUUACUCUAAGGAGAUAGAUUCUAGGUAUAAUAAAUGUGAGGAAUCCUUCACUUCUCAAUCAGACUUUAUUGCAUAUCAUAGGCUUUAUCCUAGAGAGAAACCUGAGGAUUCUGAUGAAUAUGGGAUAGCUCUCAACUUCAGCCCAUAUAGUAAUCCCCAUCAGAACAUUGAUAUUGAAGAGAAAGUUCCUAAAUAUAAUAAAUUUGAGAAGGCUUCUAUCCAAACUAUGCAGCUAAUUGAACACCAGAGAAUUCACACUGGAGAGACGCCUGAAUAUAAUGAAUAUGGGGAGCCUUUUAACCAUGGUUCAUCCCUUACUUCCCAUCAGAGGAUUCACACUGAGAAAAAACCUAAUCAUUGUUUGAAGUCCUUCCUUCAGAGUUCACAGCUUCAUCACCAGCAAAUUUAUACUGUAGAGAAGCUUUAUGAAUGCAGUCAGUGUGGGAAGGCCUUCCACCGGAAAGGACAGCUUACUCAGCAUCAGAAAAUUCAUACUGGAGAGAAACCUUUUGAGUGUAAUGACUGCGGGAAGGCUUUCCGCCUAAGAGAACACCUUACUCGACAUCAGAGGAUUCAUACUGGAGAGAAACCUUACGAAUGUAGUGAAUGUGGGAAGGCAUUCCACCUGAGAGAACUCCUUACUCUCCAUCAGAGUAUUCAUACUGGAGAAAAACCUCAUAAAUGUGAUGAAUGUGGAAAAGCCUUCAGCCAGAGAGGGCAUCUUAAUCUACACCAGAGAAUUCAUACUGGAGAAAAACCUUAUACAUGUAAUGACUGUGGGAAGCUCUUUCGUCUGAAAGAACAUCUUACUCGACAUCAGAGAAUUCAUACUGGAGAGAAACCUUAUGAAUGCACAGAAUGUGGGAAGUUCUUCAGACGGAGAGGACUUCUUACUCGACAUCAGAUCAUUCAUACUGGAGAGAAACCUUACAAAUGUAAUGAAUGUGGUAAGGCCUUUAGCUUGAGAGAAUCAUUUACUCGACAUCAAACUAUUCAUACUGGAGAGAAGCCUUAUGAAUGUAAUGAAUGUGGGAAGGUCUUCAGCCUGAGAGGAUCAUUUACUCGACAUCAGAGUAUCCAUACUGGAGAGAAACCUUAUGAAUGCAAUGAAUGUGGGAAAGCUUUCCACCUGAGUACAGAGCUGACUCGACAUCAGAGGAUUCAUACUGGAGAGAAACCUUAUGAAUGUAAUAAAUGUGGAAAGGCCUUUCACAUGAGUACAGAGCUUACCAGACAUCAGAGAAUUCAUACUGGAGAGAAGCCUUAUGAGUGUAAUGAAUGUGGAAAGGCCUUCCACCUGAGAGAAUACCUUACCAGACAUCAGAGGAUUCAUACUGGAGAGAAGCCUUAUGAAUGUAAUGAUUGUGGGAAGGCCUUCCGCCUGAGAGAGCACCUUACUCGACAUCAGAGGAUUCACACUGGAGAGAAACCUUAUGAAUGCAAUCAAUGUGGGAAGGCCUUCCACUUAAAAGAACUCCUUACUCUCCAUUGGAGUAUUCAUACUGGAGAGAAACCUCAUAAAUGUAAUGAAUGUGGGAAGGCUUUUAGUCAGAGAGGACACCUUACUGUACAUCAGAGAAUUCAUACUGGAGAGAAACCUUAUGAAUGUAAUCAAUGUGGAAAAGCCUUCCAUGCAAGAGAACUACUUACUCUCCAUCAGACUAUUCAUACUGGAGAGACACCUUACAAAUGUAAUGAAUGUGGGAAGUUUUUCAGUCAGAGAGGACAUCUUACUGGACAUCAGAGAAUUCACACUGGAGAAAAACCUUAUGAAUGUAAUGACUGUGGGAAAGUUUUUCGUCUGAAAGAACACCUUACUCAGCAUCAUAGAAUUCAUACUGGAGAGAAGCCACAUAAAUGUAAUGAAUGUGGAAAGGCCUUCAGCCGAAGAGAACACCUUACUAGACAUCAAACAAUUCAUACUGGGGAGAAACCUUAUGAAUGUAAUGAAUGUGGGAAGGCCUUUAGCCUGAGAGGAUCACUUACUCGACAUCAGAGUAACAAAUGCCAUCCUAUGUUUGGAAUUUAAGCUAAGAUUUUGUAAGACCUGAAUGUGGACAACCUCAAAAUUCUGAGAAAUAAAUUAGAGAGCUAAAUAAUUGGUCGGAAUUCAGUAAUCUUGUUUUUUUCCCCUGACAAAUAUAAUAAAAAAUACUUCUCAAAAUAACUUACAAAUUUCAUAAAAUACUCAUCAAAAUACCAAAAGUUUCUUAGCUAUUUAACCUUUUGACUCUGUUAUCCAAAUACUGAACAUAUGCUAAGAUCACUAGAAAAAAAAUUAAGUUCCAUGUUCUUGUUCAGUCAUUAUAGUCAUGUCUGACUCUCCAUGUCCCCAUUUGGGGAUUUUUUGGCAAAGAUACUGGAGUGGUUUGCUGUUUGCUUCU